ACACGGUCUGGAAAGGUGGCAGGAUUUUAGUUGAAACCUCCACUCUGUCAGACAUGCGCAAGAGCAGAAGCUUCUCCACCGCUGCGCCGCGUUUCCGCCUUGGGUGAGCAAACGCGGGCGCACACAGUCCGAGAGGGGCGGGGAGUGAAGCCGAGACGCAGUGGCGGUAGAGAGGGGAGACGCAGCAAGCACGGAUUCGAGCAAAUUGUACGCCAGCCUCCACGUUUCCCCCCCACCCCUCCUCAGAGAGGCGACCUGUGCGGCGCGCGCCGGAGCCUUCCCAGCAUGGACACUGCGCUAAAGGAGAGGCACUAAGAUGUGACGCUCGCGGGACAAGAUCAGGGGAGACAGAGAGCGCGCGUGCGCGUGUCUGUGUGUGCGUGCUCGUGGGGAAGAAAGUGGGCUGCACUCAUCUUUCUUCUUUUUUUUUUUUUUUUUUUUUCCUCCCCCCACCCCCUGUUUGCCGGUGAUUUCAAAUCUGAGCUGCGCGGCGAGAAGAUGAAGAAGUUUAACAUCAGGAAGGUGCUGGACGGCUUGAAAGAGGCGUCCUCCUCCUCUUCCUCCUCCACGCCGUCUGUCCAAGUAGGGCCCCAGGAGAACAACCUGAUCCAGGAGACGCUCCAGUCCGAGCAUUUCCAGCUCUGUAAGACUGUCCGUCAUGGCUUCCCCCAUCAGCCGUCGUCGAUGGCUUUCGACCCCGUGCAGAAGAUCCUGGCCAUCGGUACCCAGAGUGGAGCUCUCAGAUUGUUUGGUCGUCCGGGGGUCGAAUGCUACUGUCAGCAUGAGAGCGGCGCGGCCGUCAUCCAGCUCCAGUUUCUCAUCAAUGAGGGAGCGCUGGUGAGUGCUUUGGCCGAUGACAGCGUCCACUUGUGGAACCUGAGGCAGAAAAGACCAGCAGUCCUCCAUUCCCUCAAGUUCAACAGAGAGAGAAUAACUUUCUGCCACCUGCCAUUCCAGAGUAAGUGGCUGUACAUCGGCACAGAACGAGGGAACAUCCACAUCGUCAACGUGGAGUCCUUCAUGCUCUCAGGCUAUGUCAUCAUGUGGAACAAAGCCAUUGAACUUUCCUCCAAGUCUCACCCGGGACCAGUUGUCCACAUAAGUGAUAAUCCUAUGGAUGAAGGAAAGCUUAUAAUUGGAUUUGAGUCUGGGAUCGUGGUCCUGUGGGAUUUGAAAUCAAAGAAAGCAGACUAUCGCUACACUUACGAUGAGGUAGGCAAAUCUCACUGACUUAUUUCUUCCCUU